AUGUUUGCCCUUCCUGUCUUCACGGCCCUCGUUGCCCUUGUCAGCUACGCCUCAGCCGAAUCUCAUCAAGUCACUAUGACCAACAAAUGCGCAUCCGGCAGUCCUGUCUUCCUCUACGAAGCCGACGGUACUCCGCAAGGCCCAGCCACUAUUGAAGGCCAACUUCUUGGUGGCAUUGCCUGGCUCGACGGUUUCGCAGGCGCAGACUGCCAGAGUUCAGGUGUGAACUGUGGUGUUGUCGAGUUCACGCUGCGGAACGACGACCCAUUCCAGAACGCCGCGGACUUCUCGUUCCAGACGCAGGGCAAUCAUCUGUACAAGUACAACAUGGCAUUCAACUACUUGGGAGCAUGCACGAAGAGCGCUACUUGCACCUCCGCGACUUGCCCUGGUGCGUAUACCGGUUCAGAUACUGCAGACGGCGCCCCAGUCCAAUGCCUUGGCGAUGACGUUGGGAUCAACAUUGUCUUCUGUCCUUAA